CAUGCACUGUUUUCGUGUCGUCGUUAAGCUGUCUGCUGCCACCUAUUGAUCACACUCACUGAUCUAAAAAAUAAAAUAAAAUUAGCCACAAAAACUGAAGUCGCCAUCCGCCAUCUUGAUACUCCCAAAACAAGCAUGCCGACCUGUGCAGGGUUAAUCGCCAGUUUCGUGGCUGUGAGAAAACAUUCCACAGAGAAACAAUGCUAGUGAUUUGAGUUUCCGAGGGGAACCUGAAGGCGCCGCGUGACGUCAUAUCCGUCGGGCGAGCGGCGUCCUCUGCGUCGGCCCCUCCCACUUACGUGAGGCGCGGAGGCUCUCUCGGAGCUCGGUCCGUCUGCGCCCGCCGCUCGCUGCCUGGCUAGCGAGGCCACUCCGCGAAGAAGAUGGCGACGGACAAGGCGAAACAUGAAGGCAGGGUCAAAAUCGGACACUAUAUCCUCGGCGACACGCUUGGAGUGGGCACGUUCGGGAAGGUUAAAGUGGGCCAACACGAGCUGACCAAGCACCAAGUGGCCGUGAAGAUCCUGAACCGCCAGAAGAUCCGCAGCCUGGACGUGGUGGGCAAGAUCCGCCGCGAGAUCCAGAACCUCAAGCUUUUCAGGCAUCCUCACAUAAUUAAACUGUAUCAGGUGAUCAGCACCCCGACGGAUAUCUUCAUGGUGAUGGAGUACGUCUCGGGAGGGGAGCUCUUUGACCACAUCUGCAAGAACGGAAAGUUGGAGGAGAAAGAGAGCCGUCGACUGUUCCAGCAGAUCAUCUCGGCGGUGGACUACUGCCACCGCCACAUGGUGGUGCACCGGGACCUCAAGCCGGAAAACGUCCUGCUCGACGCGCACAUGAAUGCCAAGAUAGCCGACUUUGGUUUGUCAAACAUGAUGUCUGAUGGAGAAUUCCUGCGGACAAGUUGCGGUUCGCCCAACUACGCCGCCCCUGAAGUCAUCUCAGGAAGGUUGUACGCCGGUCCCGAGGUGGACAUCUGGAGCAGCGGGGUGAUCCUGUACGCCCUGCUGUGCGGCACGCUGCCGUUCGACGACGACCACGUGCCGACGCUCUUCAAGAAGAUCUGCGACGGGAUCUUCUUCACCCCGCCGUACCUGAACCCCGCCGUCACCAGCCUCCUGAAGCACAUGCUGCAAGUGGACCCCAUGAAGAGGGCCACCAUCAAAGAGAUUAGAGAGGACGACUGGUUCAAGCAGGACCUUCCCAAGUACUUGUUCCCCGAGGACCCGUCCUACAGCAACAACAUGAUUGACGACGAGGCCCUAAAGGAAGUGUGCGACAAGUUCGAGUGCACCGAGGAGGAGGUGCUGGCCUGCAUCUACAGCCGGAACCACCAGGACCCGCUGGCCGUGGCCUACCACCUCAUCAUUGACAACCGCCGCAUCAUGAACGAGGCCAAGGACUUCUACCUGGCGUCCAGCCCGCCCGACUCCUUCCUGGACGACCAGCACCUGACGGCGUCCGGCGCCUCGGUGGCCGCCUCGGUCAAGCCCCACCCCGAGCGCGUGCCCUUCCUGGUGGCGGAGACGCCGCCGCGGCCGCGCCACACGCUGGACGAGCUGAACCCGCAGAAGUCCAAGCACCAGGGCGUGCGGCGGGCCAAGUGGCACCUGGGCAUCCGCAGCCAGAGCAGACCCAACGACAUCAUGACGGAAGUGUGCCGCGCCAUGAAGCAGCUGGACUACGAGUGGAAGGUCGUGAACCCUUAUUAUUUACGCGUGAGAAGGAAAAACCCGGUGACCGGCUUGCAGACCAAGAUGAGCCUUCAACUGUACCAGGUGGACAGCCGAACCUACCUCCUCGACUUCCGUAGUAUAGACGACGACAUGUUAGAAACCAAAUCGGGCACGGCCACCCCCCUCCGCUCCGGGUCGGUGGGCAACUACCGCGCCACCGUCAAGAGCGACACGGACGGCGCCGACUCCCCCGGCGCCGGCCCGCCGCCCAAGACGGCCGCCGAGGGCUCGCUGGCGUCCUCGCUGACCUCGUCCAUCGACUCGACGUGCGGCGCCGACGUCCCCGCCGCGCCGCGGCCGGGCAGCCACACCAUCGAGUUCUUCGAGAUGUGCGCCAACCUCAUCAAACUGCUCGCACGAUAGCUCGCCACGCGCAGCGCGCGCACUUUUUCCUUCCGCACGCGGCGAUCGCCACAGCCUUGUUUGCUCUCCGCGUCUCUUAAUAGCAAUAAGCAUGCAAUCCGUUUGCCGCCCGGGCCGGGACAGCGGCGCCGCGCGGUGGGUGAGCCGCGCUAACCAGACGAAGGGGAGAGCGAUUUUUUUUUUUUUUUUUUUUUUUGGGGGGGCGGGGGGGUUGUUUUCUGGGGGUUCGGGGAGCCGGCAUAUUAACACCUUGUGAAGUGAUUACACUGAAUUCGCUGUGCUGUCGGGCCAGUCAGCUUCCAGUGCAAAAAAUAUGGAAAAAAAAAAAUCCAAGUUUUUGUCGUUUUUUUUUUUUCACCUGUGCGAGAGAAGGAAGAAGCCCCUUUUUGCACACCUUUUCUUUUCAUUCCUGCUGCUCUAGUUUAAUUCGUUUGUGUCUACGUCACGUGACUGACCGGCGGCAGACUCGUCGGGCCGUCAGGAAGUGCAAUCGCCCAACUCCCGCUAAACUCAUCCCAGCUUUGUCUUUACAGUGUUCCCCCACAUACGCGCUAACUCAUCCUCCCUUUAUUGAAUGAUCAUACUGAGGGAGGACAUAGCCCUAUCUAAAUAGUUUUUCGAUUCCAAAUUGUUGCAUCUAAAGGCUCUUGGAAAAAUCUUGAGACGGAACGUCAAUUAAUUGUGCAUUUAUUGGCGGCAGGGGUCUUGUCCCUAUCAGCCUGCACAUAUCAGGGGAACACUGUACCGCCAUUUUUUUCAUGUAUGUGUAAUAACAUAGUUAUAAAUCACUGUACAAGGGUGGAUUUACACGACAGGCCCAAGCCGAGAGCUGAUUCUGAUUUCCACAUCCUGCGAUUACAUCUGCAUGCGUCAAACUACACAUACAUGGACGUAAAAGAUAACGUAAAUUUUGAAAAUAUUAAAUGUUAGGUCUUAUUUGGUCUGGGCGCACGCCCCCCACCCGUAUUGGUUGUAAACGACGGGUCAACAUCGCAUUAUUUUCCUUAUGGUGGACGUUUCAAUCGUAAUUAAUUGGCUAUGCUUUAUUUGUAAUUUACGUUAAUAUCGGGGGGUUGAGGGGAGGGGAUCGAACAAGGACCUGAUUGACAAAAUUUACUGGUAUAUUUCAAAGUAUUUCCACUUCUGUGCUUGUGUAAGUGACACUAAAAUCUGAAAUUGACCCCCCCCCCCCAAAAGUGGGACUUGCCACCGAAUCAAUGCGGCGUAAACCCACCCAAGUGAAAAUAUUAGUUUCCCGAAAUCUAGUGCUGGAUUUUCAUUUUAUUUUUUUAUAUUUUUCCUUUCCCUCAUCUGUAUGACUUGUCAACUCUCCUCACGCCAACAAACACGUGGGGGGGGGGGCGUUCAUUGACUAGUUGUGCCAAGAAAUUGUGUGCCCGCUUGAUCAAUUUAAAAUUUGACAGUAUUUUGACUGUUGACAAUCUUAAAAUUAAAUGGAGCAGUUUGAUAAGGCUGAUUUUUGUACUGUUUAGGAGCGAUUUAAUGCUGAAAUCCUGAGAUUUUCUCCCCCCCUCCCCAUGAUAGCGAUUGAUUUGACAUUUGUUCAUUUUUUUUUAAUUAUUGUGUCGUGAUGAUUAAGAAUUGGCUUUUUUGGUGGUCUGUUUUAGUUAAAAAGAAAAAAAAAUGUCGCAAGUAUUUCCCACCCCUGUGUGUUUACUUAAUUGCAGUCGUAGAGAAACAUUACAUAUUUCUAUACCAGACUUAUGAAUGUGUCACUUGUCAUGGAAAUCUUAUCAUUGUCUGCUGUCAGGUUGCCUUAUUUGGCAGGGGUGGGGAACCUAUAAAAACUACAUAUGCCCCCCCCCCAAAAAAAAACAUUUAAUAUGUGAUUUAUGAUGAACAUUUAGGUUGAUUUUUGUUUUUUUUUUGUCAGAAAUUUACAAGAACUAAAAAUGGGGGGAAAAUGGUUCCUCACUGCUGCAGUGCAGUUCUUUUGUUUUUGAUUAUUGGCCCAUUUUAAUUCCCUGUCUUAAUUAACAUAUGGGAAUAUAUUAAAACAUAUAUAUAUAUUUUUAUUAUUUUUUUUUUGCCAAACUACUGCGGACCUCUGCUCCAUGAUGGUGGUUGGAGAUGAUUUUUUUUUUCUUGUUUCACUGUUAGAUACAUAUUGUGUUUUCAUGCAGCGAUGUCAGCGGUUGCUGAUGUUCACGGCUUUAUAUAAAAAAAAAAUAGUUUGAAAAUAUUUUGAUUGUUACAUUUCAUUCCGACUGAACGCCUAAAGUUGACCUUUUUUUUGUUUUGUUGUUGUUGAAAUGAGAGUAUCGAAUAUACGUAGUCUGAAUCGUUAAGUUUUGCGAAGGGCGAACUUUUGGCUUACAACUCUGGGUGUGUUUUGAUUUUUGUAUGUAGGGGGGGAAAAAAAAAGAAUGUGUGGGGAAAAUGUUUUGGAGUGGAAUUUGCGUAAAUUGCUUUGUGUAAAGGGACCCAACCGAACGAGUGUUAGCGUCGUAUCCGAAUGGAAACUGUUGGAAUCGUUUGUAUACACAACUGCCUAAAUAAACUGCUAAAUUGCACACAAA